AGAGAAAGAAACAAGAAAUACCCUCGUAAAACAAAAAUCGUAGUAAAAUUGAAUGCUAAUCAAAAGCAAAGAGAAUAAAUGAAAAAAAUCGAAAUUUUAGUCGUGUAACGAUUCGUAAACCUGAUAGAUACCAAAGAUUUAAACCUCAGUGAAAAAAAAAUUAUAAAAAGAGUUUAUUAAAUCAACAAAAUAUAAAUUGUAAAGAAAAUAAGAAAAAAAAAAUUUAAUAAAGUGCCCCGGAAAAAUAAGAAAAAAAACGUACGAAUUCUAAGUGAAGUUAGCCACAAAAAUUUCUGACACCUUUUAAAGGUGUUGGAAAUUUUCUUAAUUGUUUUUCUACUCAUAAAACAAGAAAAAACCUAGUCUGAUUUCCAUAAUACAAAAUUCAUCACACACAACACCACACCAAACAUGGAGAAUCUAAUUCCUAUUGUUAAUAAGCUGCAGGAUGCCUUUACCCAAUUGGGCGUGCACAUGCAGCUUGAUCUGCCCCAGAUCGCUGUAGUUGGUGGUCAAUCGGCCGGUAAAAGUUCGGUCUUGGAAAACUUUGUGGGCAAAGAUUUCUUACCUCGUGGUUCGGGUAUUGUUACCAGACGUCCAUUGAUCUUGCAACUGAUCAACGGUGUAACUGAACAUGGCGAAUUCUUGCAUUGUAAGGGUAAAAAAUUCACCAGUUUCGAUGAAAUACGCAAAGAGAUUGAAGAUGAAACAGAUCGUGUCACCGGCAGCAAUAAGGGUAUUUCCAAUAUUCCCAUAAAUUUGCGUGUCUACUCGCCCCAUGUACUCAACUUGACUCUCAUCGAUUUGCCCGGUCUGACCAAGGUGGCCAUUGGUGAUCAGCCGCAGGAUAUUGAACAGCAGAUUCGCCAAAUGAUCUUGCAGUUUAUACGCAAAGAGACAUGUUUAAUCUUGGCCGUAACACCUGCCAACACAGAUUUAGCCAAUUCAGAUGCUUUGAAACUGGCCAAAGACGUUGAUCCCCAGGGUAUACGUACGAUUGGUGUGAUCACCAAAUUGGAUUUGAUGGACGAGGGUACAGAUGCCCGUGAUAUUUUGGAAAAUAAACUAUUACCGCUGCGUCGUGGCUACAUUGGUGUAGUGAAUCGUUCCCAAAAGGAUAUCGAGGGACGCAAGGAUAUUCAUGCUGCCUUGGCGGCCGAACGUAGAUUCUUCCUAAGUCAUCCAUCUUACCGGCAUAUUGCCGAUCGUUUGGGCACACCCUAUUUGCAGCGCGUCUUAAAUCAACAGCUGACCAAUCACAUACGCGAUACAUUGCCCGCUUUGCGCGAUAAAUUGCAGAAACAAAUGUUGGCUUUGGAAAAGGAUGUGGCCGAAUUUAAACAUUUCCAGCCGGGCGAUACCAGUUUGAAAACAAAGGCUAUGUUGCAAAUGAUCCAGCAAUUGCAGUCAGAUUUUGAGCGUACUAUUGAGGGUUCGGGCUCCGCUUUGGUCAAUACCAAUGAGUUGUCGGGUGGUGCUAAAAUAAAUCGUAUUUUCCAUGAACGCUUACGUUUUGAAAUUGUGAAAAUGGCCUGCGACGAAAAAGAGUUGCGUCGCGAAAUCUCAUUUGCCAUUCGUAAUAUUCACGGUAUUCGUGUGGGUCUCUUUACGCCCGACAUGGCUUUCGAGGCCAUUGUCAAACGUCAAAUUGCACAAUUGAAAGAGCCUGUCAUCAAAUGUGUCGAUCUAGUCGUACAGGAAUUGUCCGCAGUUGUACGUUUAUGCACCGAUAAAAUGUCUCGUUAUCCACGUUUACGUGAAGAAACAGAACGUAUUAUUACCACGCACAUAAGACAACAGGAACAACGGUGCAAAGAACAAAUUUUAUUACUUAUUGAUUUUGAAUUGGCCUAUAUGAAUACCAAUCAUGAAGAUUUCAUUGGUUUUGCUAAUGCUCAGAAUAAAUCUGAAAAUUCGAAUAAAACUGGUACACGUCAACUGGGUAACCAGGUGAUCCGCAAGGGUCACAUGGUUAUACAAAACUUAGGCAUCAUGAAAGGUGGUUCUCGUCCUUAUUGGUUUGUGUUGACCUCGGAAAGUAUUUCCUGGUAUAAGGAUGAAGAUGAAAAAGAAAAGAAAUUCAUGUUGCCAUUAGAUGGUCUUAAAUUGCGAGACAUCGAACAGGGUUUCAUGUCCAUGUCAAGACGUGUUACAUUUGCUUUAUUCAGUCCCGAUGGUCGUAAUGUUUACAAGGACUACAAACAACUUGAAUUGUCGUGUGAAACUGUUGAGGAUGUUGAAUCCUGGAAGGCUUCGUUCUUACGUGCUGGUGUCUAUCCCGAAAAAUCAGAAACUCAGGAAAAUGGCGAUGAGGAAGGACAAGAGCAGGCCAGUGUUGAGGCCUCCACAGAUCCCCAGCUGGAGCGUCAAGUUGAAACUAUACGCAAUUUAGUAGAUUCCUAUAUGAAAAUUGUCACAAAGACCACACGGGAUAUGGUGCCCAAAGCCAUUAUGAUGAUUAUUAUUAAUAAUACCAAGGAUUUUAUAAAUGGUGAAUUGUUGGCACAUUUGUAUGCCUCAGGAGAUCAGUCUCAAAUGAUGGAAGAAUCGGCUGAAGCUGCCAGCAAACGUGAGGAAAUGUUGCGCAUGUAUCAUGCUUGCAAGGAUGCUUUAAGAAUUAUUGGUGAUGUUUCAAUGGCCACUGUAUCAGCCCCCUUACCACCACCAGUGAAAAACGAUUGGUUACCUAGUGGCUUGGAUAAUCCACGUUUGUCGCCACCCAGUCCUGGCGGUCCUCGUAAACCUGCACCCGCAGCACAGCCCGCUGCUGGUGGCCGUGGUCCUCCACCACCUCCUGCAUCUGGUCGUCCAGCACCAGCUAUUCCAAAUCGCCCUGGCGGCGGUGCUCCACCAUUGCCUGGUGGCCGCCCAGGCGGUGCUCUUCCACCACCACUCUUACCUUCACGUGUUACCGGAGCCGUGGGUGGUGCUAUAACACAACAGACUGGUGCCAAUCGUUAUAUACCCGAAAGUAUGCGUGGUCAAGUAAAUCAGGCUGUGGGCCAAGCCGCCAUGAAUGAAUUAUCAAAUGUUUUUGCCCAACGUUUCAAUCGCCCUGUGCCUAAUGCACCACCAAAACUACCCGAACGACCCAACUAUUACGGUAAUACAACGAAUGGACGUCCCUUCUAAAUUUCUUAAAUUUAGUUGAAUAACCUUACGCACAAGCCAUCAUCAAUGGUUAGUUAACAAAUUAAUUUGUUUAAGUUUAAUAUAUUUUAUUUUUAUUAUUAUUAUAUUUUUAUAUAUAAAUAGUACAUAUUGAAAAUAAUUUACAAAAAUAUAUAAGAGUAAACCUCCGCUCCUGUUUUUUUUUUAUAAAAAUAAUACGCUUUGUAAUGCAAAAUAAUUUAACAAAAAAAAGUAUAAUAAAAAUUGUAAUAAUACUGAAUGAAGUUUUUUAAAAAAAAAGAAAUAUUUAAUAUUAAUAUUACUCUAUAUUUAAAUUAUAAAUAAUUAAAGAAAUCUAGUAACUGCUAAGGUCCUUUGUAAACAUUUACAUCAUUUACUAUACACACACAAACAACACGCUAUAAAUGUUAAAUAAAUAUUAUUUUAUAUUUAAAAAAUAACGAAAUAAAAAAGAAAUUGCCGUACAAAUCAAGUAUAAAAAAGGAAA